AUGGGAGGCGAGACGAGUAAGGAGAAUGGUGGCAACGAACCUAAUUGGGAAAAGCGUUAUAAAAAGACCUGCAAAAUGGAUUCAGAUGUCAAGAAUUUUCACGACCACCUUGAAGCUGACAUAGAGCAAGUUAUCAACGAGGUUAAAAAUGACAACGAAGAGGGCGGCUUCUCUAUGGAUUCUUUAAGGAAGGUCACCUUAUGCUUGGCUGAGAAAGACAAGCGCUUCACAAAUCUCAUACUGCAAUAUGAGAAAGAUAUCUGGAAAGAUCGUAACCUGAAAGAGCUGGUUGACCUGUAUGAGCAACUCAAUAUAGUGACCUCAAAAUUCUACAAUGAGCUCAACAAUUGCCUGGGAAGGAUGAAAGGCAAGCUGAGUUUACUUCAGGUCGCGUUACGGUUCAUAGAGCCUGCAAAUCCCCCUCCCGGCAAGGCGCAGUACACCAGGUGUAAGGAAAAGCUACAGGAAUUUCUGACGGCUGAGAGUUCCUUUAGCGAGGAAUUUACCGAACUGUUGAAGUCCGCGCACGCACAGCACGAACAGAUUCUGGAGAAACUCAAGGCGAAAAAAAUGAAAUUGGAUAAGAAGCUGAAGCGCACAAGGGCUUGGCGGAAGUUUUCCUACGUUCUUUUUGCGAUGGUGUGUGCAUCGUUUUUUAUAUGUGCUGUGGUUGCAGGGACCAUGGCGUCGCCGCCGGUAGUAGUGAUCGUUCUCACCGCCAUAUCGAAUCCCAUUGGCUCCGUGGUGAACUGGUUCAGCUCCAAGUUGGCUGAUUACGAGAAGACUAUCCAGACAGAAUGUGAGGUUGUAGACAUCAUGCAGAAAAGAACCUACGGAGGGCUUUACGAGCUGAAGCAAAUUAGCGUUAGCGUGGAGCGACUAGAGAGCAGUAUCGAUUUGAUUCUGCAGAACGUCGACUUCUAUUGUAAGGACGAGGCUAACCAGCUAGAUGCGGUGGAAAAUAUCAGGGAGGAAGAGCAGAGCUUUAAGGAUCAGAUCGAUGACCUGAAGGAUAUUGUGGACUUUAUUAGGGAGAAACGCCCGAGCGAUGAAGAUCAGACCAAUAUACCGAAGGCUGUAGUGGAUAUAAUGAAGAAAGAGAAGAUCUUUGUGGAGCAGACCAAUAUCCAGAAUGCUGUAGUGGAGGAUAUCAGGAAGAAACAGCAGAGCUUGGAGGACCAAAUCAAUACCCAGAAUGCUGUGGUGGAGGAUAUCAUGAAGAAACAGCAGAACUUUGAGGACCAGAGCAAUACCCAGCAGGCUGUAGUGGAGAAUAUCAUGAAGAAACAACAGAUCUUUGAGAACCAGUCCAAUACCCAGAAGGCUGUAGUCGAGAAUGUCAUGAAGAAACAACAGAUCUUCGAGGACCAGUCCGAUAUUCAGAAGGCUGUAGUGGAGAAUAACAUGAAGGAACAGCCGAGUUUUGAGGACCAGACCAAUAUCCAGAACUCUGUAGUGGAGGAUAUCACAAAGAAACAGCGGAGUCUUGAGUACCAGACGGAUAUCCAGAAUGCUGCAAUGGAGGAUAUAAGGAAGAAGCAGAAGAGUUUGGAGGACCAAACCACUACCCAGAACGCUGUAGUGGUGAGUAUCAUGAAGAAACAGGAAAACCUAGAAGAUCAGACCAAUACCCAGAGGGCAAUAACGGAGGCUAUCAUGAAGAAUGAGCAGAGCUUCGAGGACCAGACAAAUGCCCAGAAUGUUGUAGUGGAGGAUAUCACAAAGAAACAGCAGAGCUUUGCGGACCAGUCCAAUAAUAUCCAGAACUCUUUGGUUGUGUGUAUCGUGAAGAAACAUCAAAGCUUUGAGGACCGAACCAAUACCCAGAAGGCCGUAGUGGAGGAUACCAUGAGGAAACCGCAGAGCUUUAAGGACCAGACUAAUUUCCAGAAGGCUGUAAUCCAGGAUGUCAAGAAGCAACGGCAAAGCUUUAAGGACCGGACCAAUACCCAGAAGGAUGUAGUCGAGGAUCUCAUGAAGAAACGACAGAGCUUUAAGGACCAGCUCACCGAGCUUUCCAAUCAUUUGAAAUGCUGCAGCCGGGAAAUACAAAAUAACAGCGUCCUAGUCAUUUUCAAGAAUAUCAGGUCAGUUUGA